CCAACAAAUUAGCCAUGACGCGAAGGAAAGUGCUAUAAGAAGGCAAACAGAAGGUGAUUUUAGAUUUUUGGGGAUGAGGGAAAGUGGUAGAUUCUUCAGUUUGGACGAGGGUGAUCGAGUUGCUACCAUGAGUUAAGGUAUCCUUCAGCAUGAAAGACAACAGAGAGUAUAAUAGUCAAUUGGGGCUUAGGGAAAUAUCUUUAACCACUUCCAGUGACGAGGAGUCCCUGGAUGAUGGGGAUUAUGACGAUGAAUAAGAGUGGGGAAGGAGGGAAUCAGAAAUAAUUUGCCGGCAUCUAGAUCACAUCAAUGUUUUGGGACUAAACAAGACUACCCUCAUACUUUAUUAUCUCGUCAACUGGCUGAUCACAUCCUUACUUCAACUUCGUUUUACUUCUUCAGAUAGAGCUGGUGUUCCUCUUGUCUAGAUAAAUGGCCCUAAAAUAAUAUAUGAAAGAGAUGCAACUGUAGCUUUCAAUGUGAGACGAUACAUACAUUGGAGAACAGCUAAUUCAUCCUGAAAUUGUUCACAAGGUGGCCGAGGAAAAUGGUAGUUCUCUAGGCAAUGCCAUCCUGAACCAUGUAGAGAUAGUUGACAGCCUAAAACAACAAGAUGGAGGAUUCGAUCUCGAAGAUGGAAAAAAUGUGUUUUACCAAGUGGAGGUUGUUACUUCAUCUCUUGGAUUUCUGACAAACUUUGAAGAUGUUUACAAGAUGUGGGCAUUUGUUGCAAGGUUUCUCAAUCCAUCGAAGAUGACAAAUUAUCAAUAAUACAAGAGGAUUCAGAAAUGUAAUACUUUGAAGAGGCAUGGACCCUUGCAAUCCCAUUAAGGAAGACGUUAUCGUGGCAAUGCUUGAACCGAAGUAUGAGACUGUUGAUUUUGCGUAAAUACUGGACAUAGUCUGCCCUCAGGAUGAAUAAGCCCAACAAUGUCGCAUUACAGGCCCCAAUCUUAAUGCCACAUUUUUUUUUUAGAGAAUCUUAAUGCGACAUUAUAUUAUGUUAAAUAUCGCAGUCAAAAUUAUAAGUUCAUGUCUUAGGUGAGUGGGGUCUGAAACCGAGUGAACAGAGCUACUCUUCUAUGGCCGAGAGCAGGCGUUUCUUCAGAGUCAUGAUGCCCGGCUUCCGAUCAAAACUUUAUGUUUCCUGUAAGCAGCCUCUACCAGUGGCUUUCUGUCGACAGAUAAAAGGGGAGGGAUCGGAUAGAGCAGUUGUGAAGAGCUCUGACCGUGAAUGGCAUAUUAAAGUUGGUAAAUGCUGUGAUGGAUCGCUAUAUUUUGAAGAAGGGUGGGAAGAUUUUGUGAAGCACCAUGGCCUUAAUCUUGGAGAUUUUGUUGUCUUUGAAUAUAACGGGGACUUGGUUUUUGAUGCUAUAGUGUUUGAUUCAAGCGCGUGUGAGAAAGAGAUUCCAGUUUCCAUCAAUUUGUUUUCUGAGAAGAUGAAGAAUAAGAAUAAGAAUAAGAAAAAGAAAAAGAAGAUUUUAUCUGACGAAGGUAAGAGACAUCAUAAGAGAGAGCAUCUGGAUGGAAAAAGCCCAUUAGAAGAUGCUAAAUCAUACCCUACCAAUGGUCCUCAUUUCAUUACAACCAUAAAUGCAUCCAAUGGACCCGAUGGUAUAUCGUAUCUGCAUAUUCCUGUAGAAUUUGCAAAAUCACAAAAGCUUGACCGAGCGUCCAUUGUGAUACUUAGGGACUCCUCAGGAAAAUUAUGGCCAGUGAAGCUAUGUACCAGUGAUUUUAAAUUCAGGGGGAAAAUGCUUAAACGUACAGCAAUGAGAAAGGGAUGGCUCCACUUUUAUGUGGCUAACAAGCUGAAAAAGGGAGAUGUCUGCCUAUUUGAGCUGGAUCUCACUAGAAAAAAAUCUUAUACUUUGGUGAUGGAUGUUCAUAUUUUCCCACUAGUGCUCUAAAUGAGAAGGUCUGCUCGGCAUGCACCCUCUCUCUUGCUUUUGUUGUCAUCAUUUUGAUGCCUCUGCUUGUGAUUUUAGCAAAUAGCGCAGCAAGGAUGCUUUGUCAUUUGUAUCUGCUGGCUAGUAUUAUGAAAAGGGACUCCUUUUGUAUUUUCAAUGCCCAUUUCUCUCAGUAAAAAAAUAAAAAAAAGGCCAUUUCGAUGA